AUGUCCGCGAGAAACCCUCCGUGGGACCCAUCGAACUUCUACUUUGAUACAAACGCACUUGCAGUUGCCGGAACUAUCCCACAAUGUUCUAAUGCUACUUGGGAAUAUUGGAGUAUUAACACCGCGAACCCCCUACCCAAAGCACCUUAUCAUGGUGUGUUCUAUGCCGGAGGAUACGAGCCUUAUCGCGUACAAUUCCACAAUAGGGACCUGACUGGGAAAUUAAACUGGACUGCAAAUUUACCAGAGGGUAUUGCAUUCGGAUCUUCCAUGUUCGACUCGGAGGACUACACUAGUGGCAUGCUGGAAAGAACCACGACGUUUACGCCCCAACCAGGGUGUAAUGUGACAAACCCUCUCACGCCUUCGACACUUGACGUUGAAGUAACAGGAGAUAGUGGGCAGUGCCAGAUGUCCUGGAUCAACAUCAAGAAUGGUACACCGCCGUACAGACUAGAGAUUGCACCCCUUGGCCGACAUCAAAAGACAAUACACUUUCUGACAAGCCCUUUGAUAUGGGGGCGGGCCUUGAUUAUUGGCUGGUGGCGUAUGAUUCGCGGGGCACUCGGCCGUUCAUCAACCGUAACCGCCGGAAGGUUUUCAACGAUGUACCCCGGAGGAACGACUACCUUUACCACCAGUGCGACUGCAACAGCUACUUCUAUGCCAUCAAACGGACUAGCGGUCCCUGCAAUAAUUGGCGUGGCAGUCGCUGUUCCGAUAGUUUCAAUCAUCAUUAUAGCACUACUCAUAUUUUUCUGCUAUAAGCGACACCGCCGAGGAAAUGAACUCGAAGAAAAGCCCGAUAUCGAGCCAGUAUACUAUCCUGGAAUUCAAUAUACGCCAGUCCCAACAACAGGAACCUCCCUCACUUUCGCAGGAUCACAUCAUGGUGGCUCGAGUAAUGGAUUGUAG